AUGGAUGCACACAACUCGGAGCACAGUCAAAUAAUUGAAAUCAGUGUAGAUCUUAAUGAUCCAGGAAGGAAGAUUUGUGGGGAAGCACCAUGUGGAUUCUUAGAUGCUGGAUCCAUCACUCUGGAUUCCAAAGAACGUUCAACUUCCAUGCGAAAGCUUUUGAUAGCAGUGAUCCUCUGUGUUAUUUUCAUGACCGUUGAACUAGUUGGUGGUAUCAAAGCUAACAGUCUUGCAAUAUUGACUGAUGCAGCACAUCUUCUCUCUGAUGUUGCAGCCUUUGCCAUCUCCUUGUUUUCUUUAUGGGCUGCCGGGUGGGAGGCUACUCCUCGUCAAUCGUACGGGUUUUAUAGAAUAGAGAUUCUCGGUGCUUUGGUUUCUAUCCAAUUGAUAUGGCUGCUUGCCGGGAUUAUUGUAUACGAAGCCAUAGAUAGACUCAUUACUGGUUCUAAAAAUGUGGGACGGGUUCAUAAUGUUUCUAGUCGCUGCAUUUGGUCUUGUGGUUAA